AUGCCGGCCCAAGAUGAUUUCCGAAGAGACCUCGGCCAGGUUAAGGUCGCAGGUAAAUUCAAAUACCUGAGCAAGAUCAAAGCUGGUGAUAUUGACGGGUCAAUCUGCUUCACCUUCACCUCUCCCGAUGCGCCCGUUUCUAUUGAUUUCCAAGCUGUGACUCAGCCUCACAGCUACCCCAAAAACCACGAAUACCUCGUCUACUCCACAUCCGAUGAGCCUCCACCCGCAGUCACUGCUGCCGUCGAAACUGCCGUGGCCUUGUUCCCUCGCAUUUCCAUUCACGGUCUCCUGACGAUCAUCCAAAGUGGAGUCUGUUCGGCGCUCAACGGCUCCAAGUUUCAGCCACCCGAGGAAUAUCAGGAUCAUGACCUAAAGAAUACCGAGUACUCUUCUGACUCCUAUGAAAUUUAUAGUUAUUCCGAUGCCGGUGAGUUCACUGGUUUCGAUGACGAAGAUGACGACUUUUCCCCAGUCGGAAAGCCAACCCCAUUUUCUUUGCGGCAGAAGAUCCGUCGGGAUCUGCGGGCCACCAAGGAAAACGGAUUCAAGGUUGAGUAUCAUGGCGAUUCCGCCGGAGGUAUUGUUAUUUCGGUGGCCAGCCGCGUUAGCAGACUGGAUAUACCGGAAGAAGUCAUGGAUCUUUGGAAAGUACGCCCCAACGACUACUUGGUUCUUCUCCUUCGUUACCCCCAAAUGUACCUUGACAUGGAUGAUCUUUUUGAAAUGGGAGACUCGAAUUUUUCAUUUGUUCAGAUGCGCCUUGGUCUCUGUGACUCCUACAAGCCAUCGGCGGCCGCCGUUGUGAUGGCCUUUCAGGGCAACACACCGACCGAAAAGGAUGGUUCAGCCGCACAGGAGACCGAGAAGAACAAGCUCAGGCCCCUUUUCAUAGGCGCUCAGCUCAACAAACUCCUGAACGAACGGUUCAUGGGAAUUGUCAGACUUCGCCUCAAGUACGGAUUUUCUUGGACGGGCGCAGAGCACUUUUUUCACGCUAGCCAAGGAAAGUAUCUGAGCGACGACGACGCAAGUUCAAAGGAAUAUCUCGUACCGGAUGAAUGGGGUACACUACCUCCACCGUGGCUUACGAUCGAUCAAAUGGCUGACAUGGGCCUGGCGCUGUCGAGCAUGUCCUUCCCUCUGCUUGCAAUGCAAUUUACUCUUCGCCACUUUGUCCGAUGCACUGAAUUCUGCCUCGUUUGCUUCUGCAAAAAAUACGAUGACUUCGAAGCAUUGAAGCCCUACGUCUGCUCUAAGGGGCUCUGUCUCUAUCAGUAUAUUACCUACGGCAUGGGCCCAAGUCUGGAGCACGAAAUCAUAUCCCAACCGAGUGUUGUUGAUAUGCUGGUCUCUCUGGCGUACUCCAGAGCGAAGGCCGGGAAGCUCACGGAUUUCCCUACAGGUCUUGGAAUUCUGAUUCCGGACAUAAAGGUAACUGGCCAGGAACACGCGAGUGGUGACACGUCUGCGGACACCUGUGUUACGGCAUAUCAUUCUGCAACACUUGACCCGAAGACAUUGCUGCUUUCCCAUAAAAGCAAGCCCCGGAUUGCUAAAGGUCACUGGAUCCUCAUUGUCAUCCCUGACGGGAAGACAGACUUUGGCCGUGAACCCCCAUGGCAUUGUCAAGUUCAAAAUAUCGGCGAGUCAUCCAACCAUGCUGAAAUCUCGUUACCCCUUCGCGGGAGUAAGAAGAUGUCAAAAGAAGACCUGCAACUUGCGACCAAAGAUUGGGGAGGACCCCGGAGGGUAAAAUACACGAUCUACGAGACAAGCUUUGACAAAUUGACCCCGGAUAGGAAGCGAAGGAGCAUCGUCAUGCUUCUGAGCACGCUUCCCGGGAUCGAAGAGAUGAUCAAGUACCUGGCAAGCCAAGGGCCAGAGGGAGUUCUGUCGUCUUGGUGGGAAAGAAUCCAACCCGCCGCAUUAGAUCUGUUGCGGUGGAUUGUCGCCUCAAAUCGGUCAUGCAUUGUCCAAGAUAACAAUAAUCCUGAGCACUUGGUAAGUGACAUGGAAGGUUAUGUUCAGUUCCGCCUGGUUCAAGGUGCCCCGGACAAAGAGCAGCGCUUUAUCAGGGCAGUCAACGAGAACGCGAUGAAGGCGAAGCCUAAUUACCCAACACUUUUCGCAUGGCAUGGCAGUGCAAUAUGCAACUGGCACAGCAUUCUGCGGGAAGGGCUUCACUUCGACUACGUUGCGAAUGGGCGAGCCUGUGGGGAUGGCGUUUACAUGUCUGCUCACUUCGGAACAUCGUCAGGUUACUCCAACCAUGGUGUAUACGCUCAUGAUUCGUGGCCUCAAAGCACUCUCAACAUGACAUCCGUCAUAUCCUUGAAUGAGGUAGUCAAUGCUCCAAAGCAGUUCGAAUGCUCCAAUCCGCAUUAUGUCGUGGCACAACUGGACUGGAUCCAGCCCAGAUACCUUUUCGUGGGGAUCGGGAAUGGCCGUAAUAUGGGUUAUGAUGCAGUAUCCUGGGAUCCAGUUGAAUUCGAAAAAGGAAAGUCCGCAUCUGCCUCUGCCUCUGCAAUUUACCCACAAGACCCUCUCCACAAAGUCUAUGGACCCAGGGAAGCAGUUUCGAAGAUUCCGAUCUCGGCCAUUAGCUCCAAGAGACGAGAAGAGCUCAAAGAUCUCAAGAUUCUUCUUUCAGAUUCAGACGUGGAAAUGGUCGACGCACCUCCAAAGGAACCAGGUACAAAGAAAAGGGCAGCAAAGGAUACCACCCAGAAGAAAACAGACAAGGGGAAGGAGGCUGCCCCCGCCAUCGACUUCGUCCCAGGGACUCUGAAGGAGGGCGCCUUGCCCGUUCUGGCCCCACCCCAAUAUGCUACUACUUUUGCAACCAAGGUCCUUCAGAAGCAGUUCAAGUCAAUAGUGAACAUCCAAAAAAAAGAGAAACUGCACGAACUCGGCUGGUAUGUGGACCCCAACUUGAUCUCUGGGAACCUCUAUCAGUGGAUUGUGGAGCUCCACAGCUUCGAACCAGAGUUAGCUCUCGCCAAAGACUUGAAGGCAGCGAAAUUGAAAAGUGUGAUUCUCGAGCUCCGUUUCCCACCCAAUUACCCAAUGGAUCCCCCAUUCGUCCGGGUGAUUCGACCCCGAUUCCUAGAAUUCCACGCCGGCGGAGGUGGACAUGUCACUCUGGGAGGUGCGUUGUGCAUGGAACUGCUGACCAACUCCGGUUGGACGGCUGUCACCUGCAUGGAGAGUCUGCUGUUACAGGUCCGGCUGGCCAUCACCAGCACAGACCCUCGGCCCGCUCGUCUGUCUCCGCGUCGGGGGAAACUCUCAGGAUUAUGCUGUUGGCGAGGCGGUUGA